AGAAAGCACUGGAAGAAGAGAGAUGCAUGCCUCAAUCCAGCAGCCCACAUGCUCUUUCCCAUCUCUCUGCCCUCCAUCAGCCAAACAAGGCAAAAAAGUUGAUAGAAUCAAUUGCAGAUUUUAAUGGGUCUUUUUAUACUGAUACAUGUGAUUUCAACUUCUCAGGAUGCUGCAAUUCAAAAAAGCCAUUUUGGAGGCAUCAGCUGCAUAAAACUGCAACCAAAGCGAAAGCAAGAAUGAUGAUGAACCCUGGAAGCAAUAAAGACGAUGGAGAAUUUUCUGGGCAAGUGGGUCAUAGGCUUUAUCUGGGUAUGGACUUUGGGACCUCUGGAGCGAGGUUUGUUCUUAUUGACAAGCAAGGAACAAUUCAGGCCCAAGGAAAGAGGGAGUAUCCCCUUCUAUAUAUGAGUGAAGAAACAAUGGAUUGGGUGAGCUCCUGGAAAAAGACACUUUUUUCACUACUUGAAGAUGUUCCGGUUAGUCUCCGUCCAUUGAUUGCUUCCAUCUCUAUAGAUGGGACUUCAGCUACGACUAUGAUCAUCGAUAGCACCACGGGAGAACCAUUAUGGAGACCUUUCCUCUACAAUGAGAGCUGUCCUGAUGCUUUGCCAAUAGUAAAGUCCAUUGCUCCUGCAAACCACACAGUCUGCUCUGGUUCAUCUACCCUGUGCAAGCUUGUCUCAUGGUGGAAUUCUGAUGAUUCAAAUAAAGAACAUGCACUAUUGUUGCAUCAAGCAGAUUGGCUAUUGUGGCUUCUUCAUGGAAAGCUUGGAAUUUCUGACUACAACAAUGCUUUGAAGGUUGGCUAUGAUCCUGAACAUGACUCCUAUCCAUCUUGGCUGCUCUCUCAGCCAUAUUCACGAGUUUUACCUUCUGUAAAAGCUCCUGGAGCUUCGAUUGGUUAUUUACAGGAGGACAUAAGAACACAGUUCGGUUUUCCAAAGGAUUGUGUUGUCUGCACAGGAACCACUGAUAGCAUUGCUGCGUUUCUCGCAGCUCGUGCUACUCAACCUGGGAAAGCUGUAACGUCUUUGGGUUCGACACUUGCUAUUAAACUACUGAGCACCAGUAGGAUUGAGGAUGCUCGAUUUGGAGUGUAUAGCCAUCGCCUUGAUGAUAAAUGGCUUGUUGGAGGUGCUUCUAAUACAGGUGGAGCUGUUCUUAGGCAGAUUUUUACCGAUGAGCAGUUGGAGAAAUUGAGUGAACAGAUCAAUCCCAUGGAAGCCUCUCCUCUGGAUUACUAUCCUCUGCAUGCUGUUGGCGAAAGAUUUCCUGUGGCCGACCCAAAGAUGGUUCCCAGAUUACAGCCACGGCCAGAAAGCGAUGUUGAGUACUUGCACGGCAUUCUUGAAUCCAUUGCACGCAUAGAGGCGAAGGCUUAUAGCUUACUGAAGUACAUGGGAGCAACACAGGUUGAUGAAGUGUUCACUGCUGGAGGUGGUGCAAAAAAUAGGACAUGGGCAAAGAUUCGGGAACGAGUGCUUGGUUUGCCUGUGAGCCGGGCUAUUCAAACCGAAGCUGCCUAUGGAGCUGCUCUGUUGGCAUUGAAGGGCGCCCAGCGAGAUAUAGAUAUUCCGUGAGAGCAUAGUAUAAAUUGUAAAUCUGAUAUCUAUUACCUAAUAGUUUAAUCACUUUUGAGUUAAUUAUAAAUCAAAUUAAGAUGUUUAUCAUUU